AGUCUCAACGGCAUGUAAUUCGUGCUCCUACCUCGUGGGACUUUGCGCCUUCUCAAGUUUCUAUCUUGAAACUAGCUUUGGUACUUUGGUUAGCGUUCCACUGGCGUUGUCCUCGUCCUUUUCUGAAACGGGUGUACACGCCGAGCGUGUGUGAUAACAAGCAAGAAACGUAUAACAAUACAUAAAAACACAAUGUUUGGACCGGGCGCGGGACCGAUUGUAGUUCUCAGUCAGAACACGAAGCGCGACACCGGCAAGAAAGUGCAAAGAGAGAAUAUCCAGGCGGCCAAGGCAAUCGCCGACGUCAUUAGAACAUGUCUGGGUCCACAAGCUAUGCUGAAGAUGCUUAUGGAUCCGAUGGGUGGCAUUGUAAUGACAAACGACGGAAACGCGAUCCUGCGAGAGAUCACUGUGCAGCAUCCUGCUGGAAAAUCCAUGAUAGAAAUUGCCAGGACUCAGGAUGAAGAAGUAGGAGACGGCACCACCUCGGUUAUCGUUUUGUCAGGCGAGAUUCUGGCUACCGCCGAGCCAUUUCUGGAGCAGAACAUGCAUCCCACAGUCAUCAUAAGGGCGUAUCGUCAGGCACUAGAGGAUAUGGUCACAAUCCUUAAUGAGAAGGUCAGCAUCGAUUUGGAUUGCAAUGACAAAGACAAGCUCGUCCAGGUGAUAAACUCCUGCACUGGCACUAAGUUCAUCAGACGCUGGUCCGAAUUGGCCUGCCAGAUCGCCCUCGACGCCGUUCACACGGUGAUGCUCGAGGAGAACGGCAGGCGGGAGAUCGACAUCAAACGCUACGCCAAGGUAGAGAAAAUACCUGGUGGCACGAUAGAGGAUAGUACCGUUCUGAAGGGCGUGAUGAUUAACAAGGACGUGACGCAUCCGAAGAUGCGACGCUACAUCAAGGAUCCAAGGAUAGUACUGUUGGACUGUCCAUUAGAGUACAAGAAGGGAGAGUCACAGACGAACAUUGAGAUCAUGAAAGACAUUGACUUCACGAAGAUUCUGGAGCUGGAGGAGGAACACGUGAAGAAGAUCUGUGAGGACGUUAUCUCGGUGAAGCCAGACGUCGUGAUAACAGAGAAGGGCAUAUCAGAUCUAGCUCAGCAUUACCUCGUGAAAGCCGGCGUGUCCGCGAUACGCAGGCUACGAAAGAGCGACAUCAACAGAGUCGCCCGCGCCUGCGGCGCCACCGUUGUCAAUCGUACGGAAGAGCUGAAGGAAGAGGACGUUGGCACAAGGGCCGGUCUCUUCGAGAUCAAGAAACUCGGCGACGAUUAUUUCUGUUUCAUCACAGAAUGCAAGGAUCCCAAAGCCUGCACCAUCAUUCUGAGAGGUGCCAGCAAAGAUAUCUUGAAUGAGACCGAGAGAAACUUACAGGAUGCGUUACAUGUUGCCAGAAAUCUCCUUAUCGAUCCAAAGCUUGUACCAGGUGGCGGAGCAGUGGAAAUGGCGGUAUCCCGACUCUUGACGGAAAAGGCAGCGGGUCUCGCGGGCGUUGAGCAGUGGCCGUACAAGGCAAUCGCCCAGGCCUUGGAGAUCAUUCCCAGAACGCUAGCGCAGAAUUGUGGCGCAAACACCAUCAGGACUCUGACGGCGUUGCGAGCUAAACACGCGACAGAAGGCACCACCUGGGGCAUCGAUGGCGAGACGGGAAAACUGGUUGAUAUGAAGGAACGCGGUAUCUGGGAGCCGUUAUCCGUGAAGUUACAGACGUACAAAACGGCGAUUGAAACCGCUAUUCUGUUAUUGAGAAUAGACGAUAUCGUUUCCGGAAGUAAAAAGAAGAAAAAUGAGAACGAAACCGCACAGCCGAGUCAAGUUACGGAGGAGUCUAUGAAAGAAUAAGUAUCGUUGAAUAUCCAUUGAAGCCUAACUCAUUUUUAAGAUCCAAUUAUUUUGCACUUUCUCUCUUUCGUGUGUCUAUCAGAUUUCUAUCAUUAUACGCAUUUUCAAAAAAUAAAGACAAAGUGCCCUGGU